AACACAACGCUCCACCUCGCCUCCGCCCAUUCCUGGCAAACACUUCAGGACCGAAGUGUACCAACAAGCAGCAUGGCUACAAAAUGUGGGAAGUGUGGACCCGGCUACCCUACCCCUCUGGAGGCCAUGAAAGGACCCCGGGAGGAGAUUGUCUACCUGCCCUGUAUUUACCGAAAUACGGGCAUUGAGGCUCCGGAUUAUCUGGCCACUGUGGACAUUGACCCCAAGUCUCCCCAGUAUUGCCAGGUCAUUCACCGGCUGCCCAUGCCCAACCUGAAAGAUGAGCUACAUCACUCGGGAUGGAACACCUGCAGCAGCUGCUUUGGUGACAGCACCAAGUCGCGCACCAAGCUGGUGCUGCCCAGUCUCAUGUCUUCCCGCAUCUAUGUGGUGGACGUAGGCUCUGAUCCCCGGGCACCGAAGCUGCACAAGGUCAUCGAGCCCAAGGACAUCCAUGCCAAGUGCAACCUGAGCUAUCCCCACACCAGCCACUGCCUGGCCAGUGGGGAGGUGAUGAUCAGCACCAUGGGAGAUCCCAAGGGCAAUGGCAAAGGGGGUUUCCUGCUCCUGGAUGGGGACACAUUUGAGGUGAAGGGGACAUGGGAGCAGCCUGGGGGUACCGCACCAUUGGGCUAUGACUUCUGGUACCAGCCUCGACACAAUGUUAUGAUCAGCACCGAAUGGGCAGCUCCCAAGGUCUUCCAAGAUGGCUUCAACCCUGCUGAUGUGGAGGCAGGGCGGUAUGGGAGCCACUUACAUGUGUGGGACUGGCAACGCCACGAGAUCGUGCAGACCGUGCCUCUAAAGAAUGGGCUCAUUCCCCUGGAGAUCCGCUUCCUGCACAACCCGGCCGCUACCCAGGGCUUUGUGGGCUGUGCCCUCAGCUCCAACAUCCAGCGCUUCUACAAGAAUGAGGGAGGUACUUGGUCAGUGGAAAAGGUGAUCCAGGUGCCCCCCAAGAAAGUGAAGGGCUGGAUGCUGCCUGAAAUGCCAGCCCUGAUCACUGACAUCCUGCUGUCCCUGGAUGACCGCUUCCUCUACUUUAGCAACUGGCUUCACGGGGACCUGCGGCAAUAUGACAUCUCUGACCCGCAGAGGCCCCGCCUCACCGGACAGCUCUUCCUUGGGGGCAGCAUUGUGAAGGGAGGCCCUGUGCAAGUGCUGGAAGACCAGGAGCUAAAAUCCCAGCCAGAACCCAUGGUGGUCAAGGGGAAACGGGUGGCUGGAGGCCCGCAGAUGAUCCAGCUUAGCCUAGACGGGAAGCGUCUCUACGUCACCACAUCGCUGUACAGUGCCUGGGACAAACAGUUUUAUCCUGACCUCAUCAGAGAAGGCUCUGUGAUGCUGCAGAUCGAUGUAGACACAGUAAAUGGAGGGUUGAAGUUGAACCCCAACUUCCUGGUGGACUUUGGAAAGGAGCCCCUUGGCCCAGCCUUGGCCCAUGAGAUCCGCUAUCCUGGGGGCGACUGCAGCUCUGACAUCUGGAUCUGAAGUCCAGCCCUCAUAGCUCCUACUCUCCAUUCUGAGCCCUCACUCCUGCAGGGACUUGGCUUCACUCUGCUCUCUCUUGACCCCCGGCCCUUGGCUGCUUGUCCCACCAAAGCCAAACAGAGACUGUUGAAACACAUUGAGCGGUACCUCCAUUUACUGACUGCUGUUGCUUGUUGCUCACUGUGCUGUUUUUACAUGAGCUCUUGGAAGCACCAAGAAAUAAACUGGUGAAGCUAUUCCUCA